AUUGAUGACGCGAUCCUCACGUGACCAGCAGUCGACGUGUGCAGAAGUCCUUAUAGUCUAGGCCCAGUUCCCCAGUAGCAGCUCUGUCCUGCUAGAGAAGAGUGGCCCAGCUACUUCCAGCACUCUUGAUCUUUUGAGCGCGACAUAAAUCGAGGUGCAAGAAGAGAGGAAAAUCUCCAGGUACCUACAGAAGGCCCCUGCAAAUCCUGCUGCGGAAAUGGGGUGAAGGAAGGAAAGGGAGAGGCUAAAGACAUUUAAAAGAGAGAGGAGACCGCUGACCUGACUGUUGCUGGAUUAAUUCAUUAAGAAAAUAAUCAACAUGCAAAAGUCUUGUGACGAGAACGAAGGAACACCCCAGAACACACCAAAAGCAGACGAAGGCCAUCCUUCAGAAGAUCCACCACAGCAGGCAGGAGAAACUCUUCAGGCUUCUGGAGAAAAUGUGAGGGAGGAAACUGAAGGGAGCCAUAGAGGAGAGCCUGCUGAACCCAGCCCAGAGCCCAAAGAGGACACUCCCGCAAGGCAUCUGAACCCCGAAGAAGUGAUAAGAGGCGUAGAUGAGUUGGAAAGGCUUAGGGAAGAGAUAAGAAGAGUAAGAAACAAGUUCGUGUUGAUGCAUUGGAAGCAAAGACAUUCCCGAAGCCGUCCUUACCCUGUGUGCUUCAGGCCUUGAAAUCGUUUUUUUCUCUGAUAUUGAAAUGUGGCUGCUGCUUUCUUUCUCUUAGCAUUUUCUGAUGUAUCUUUGAACUUCAUUUUACUUUUAAUAAUAAUUACCUGGCGGUAUUUUCUGUUAUGUAGUUUCGUUGUUACCAGCAUCUCAUUGGAUUUUGGAUUUUUGACCCAUUUUCCACGUUUAUCUUUCAGUUGGAAAGUUUCACAUUUAUGCAUGGAAAUAUACAAUUAGACAGCAAAUUGAAAAAAACAGCAGCAUAGUUAGGAUCAACUCACAUAGAUAGGAAAAUUCCUAAUUAUGUGUGUACAUGUAUAAUUAUACGUAUCAAAAAAUUUACAGUGCUUAUUUUUGGUGUGGUGUGUUUUAAUUUUGCCUUUUACUUAUGUUGAUUUUUUUUAAUGAAUACGUGUCUCACAAAGAACUGCAGAUUUUUUUAAUAAGUGGGAGUUAAUUAAAAUUAAUUUGUAACCAGCUUGUAGAGGCAAUAAAGGCACUAAACUCUUGAUGAACUAUUAAACAGAAAUGUAAACCUGGAAUUCCCUCUGGCUUCCUUAGCCAGAGGAAUAAAACUGGCAAUCAUUAUAGACACACUUGGUUAAGACUUGGUCUUUUCAUGGGGGAAAUACUUGCCUCACAGGGAUCUGUGUGGAACAUAGUAUGCCAUAUUUGAGAGAGGACAUGGCCUCACUCAGCCUGUGUUCAGAUGCAGAGGGGUGGGGGCUGGGCUUCCGUGCCAUUUUUCUUCUGCUGAGUUCCCACCCUUUUCUUCCCUGGGACCUGUCCUGCCUACCAACUAGGGCCAAGUCUGCUGGAUCCUGCCAGUGGGGUCUUAAGUAUAAAGAUCCCGCUGGGUUUCCUUGAAUUCCAGUUGAACCCCCAGCCCCAGUGUUCAGUUACAGGUGGUGCCACUAUAGCUGGCAGUUUGUUUGGUUUGAAGCAAUGUCUUAUUCUGUAGCCCAGGCUAGCUAGGCUGGGAUUCAUGGCAAUCCUUCAGCUUCUGAAAUGUUGGAAUGUUAACUCCCUUUAACUCCAGUGACAGGGGAUCUGGUGCCCUUUUCUGGUCUCUACACAGACAUGGUACAAAUGGGAGGACACUGACACUCUUCAGACAUAUAAGAAGGUGGCGUCAGAUCCCAUUACAGAUAGUUAUGAGCUACCAUGUGGUUGCUAGGAAUUGAACUCGGGACCUCUGGAAAAGCAACCAGAGCUCUUAACCACUGAGCCAUCUCUCCAGCCCCCAACAUAAUACACAUGUAUUCAUGCAGGGUCAUACAGAUUUCAAAAAAAGUUUUAAAAACUGCUCUAGGUUAAUGAUUCCUGCAGAAUCCUUAGCAAAAGCAAUCCCUUUAAUUUUCAACAUGGGGCGUUUUCUCUGGAGAGGUAAUAACUGGAUAAUAUUAAGCAUAUUUGAAAGUAGACCAAGGUAUCUGUUUGAAUGAAAACUUUGGGAGAAUUCCUGGGUAUUUAGGGUGGUGUUUAUUGUUUUUAUUGUGCUUUUUGAGACAGUAUUCCAUGUACCCCAGACUUGACUUUGCUUAUUACCUUAAGCAUCUGAUCCUCAAGACCCCUCUUCCCGAGGGUGAGCGAGCGUUGCAGGUGGGUGCCGCCGCUUUCAGUUGAUGCCGGGGAUCAGAUUCAAGGCUUUGUACACAGUAGGCAAGCACUCUGCCAACAGAGCUUCACAC